AUGAAUCCUCUGAAUUUAUACACCGAUCAGGAGUGGGAGGAAGUCUCGCAAGAUCUCCCGAAGGAUAGCGAUCCUUUUAUUCAGAAGUAUCUCCAAGGUCGCGAGGCCCUCAUAACAGAAGAAAAUAAGGAACGCAGCGAUGCGUCAUUCAAGAAGAGUCUCUCUCCUAUUGCAAAGCGUGCCUGUGAUAUAGUGGCGCGUAUCCGGGAUGAAGAGAAGAACACAGUGUGGACGCCACAGCUAGAAGACUCGCUCGCUCAGGAAUCUGAUAUUGUCGUGCACCCGGGCAUGAUGUUCUCCCUGUCCAAGGAGCGAAUGGAAAGCACCAAAUUAUGGAACAUAGUACGACGCAUGCCUAAGGGUGCUUUGUUACACGCCCAUUUAGACGCCAUGGUUGAUUUCGAGUAUCUAUUUGGAGCGCUCUUCGCAACCCCAGGCAUACAUUUGUCCGCCGACCAGCCGCUCACAUCAGACAAGGAGAGGGAAGCUGCUAAAUUAAGCUUCCGCUUUUUCAAACAACCACGUACCGAAAGUAAUAUCUGGAACCCCGAUUAUAAAAGCGGUACUUUUGUCCUGCUUACUCAGGCCGCGGACGCGUUCCCCGAGGGCGGGAAAGCCGGUUUCCUAAAGUGGCUUUACUCACGGUGCACCAUCUCGCGGACGGACGCCGUCUCUCAGCACCACGGUGUUGAUCACAUAUGGCAAAAAUUCUACAAGUGUUUCCGCGUGGUCGGGUCCAUGAUUCACUACGAGCCCAUCUUCCGCAAGUUCCUCCAGCGCCUCAUGAGUUUACUAAAGGCAGACGGGAUCAACUGGUGCGAAUUCCGCUUCUCGUGGGCACUGGAUUAUUAUAAACAGGAUAGCGAGACGCCCGAGUCUGACUACAGUGCGAUGAUGACUGUCUUGGACGAGGAGGUGGCACGGUUCAAGGAAUCUGAAGAGGGAGAGGGAUUUUGGGGGCUUAGGGUUAUAUGGGCUGCUCUACGGUUCUUUCCAACUCGAAAUAUCGUGGAAAACAUGGAACAGUGCAUCGAGACUAAGAUCACGCAUCCUCAUCUGAUCGCCGGGUACGACUUGGUCGGUCAGGAAGAUGGUGGUCGACCCCUACGCGACCUACUUCCUGAGCUAUUUUGGUUCCGCAAGCAGUGUGCCCAGGAGGGUGUCAAUAUCCCCUUCUUCUUCCACGCCGGCGAGUGUCUCGGAACUGGUAACGAUACAGAUCACAAUUUAUUCGACGCUGUGCUCCUGGGAACGAGACGUAUCGGCCACGGAUUUAGCUUGUACAAGCAUCCUCUGCUCGUCAAUCUCGUCAAAGAGAAGAAGAUCUUGGUGGAAAGCUGCCCUAUAUCGAAUGAGGUCCUCCUUCCUCGUCUCUGCGUUCCGUCAUGA